AUGAUUCAGCAUCCCGACAAUAGAUACAUUGAUCCUAUCAAAGUUGAAAUCAGAGAUCAACCAGCUCACUGUGCUUUUGUAGAAGCAGAGACAGAUGGAAAAUCUUGGUACGUUGACAUUAAAAUGUUUUUGGAGAAAGGAGAAUAUCCUGAAGGAAUCACCAUCAAUCAGAAGAAGAGCAUCAGGAAAUUGAUGAAUAAAAUGCCACAAGUGUCAAAUCAUGGAGACUUGAUAAAGGUCCCUCCGACAGAACUGAAUGCUAUGACGUCGCCUUGGCCAUUUGCCGCUUGGGACAUGGAUGUCAUAGGACCAAUUGAGCCAACUGCAUCAAACAAACACCGUUUCAUUUUGGUCGGCAUAGACUACUUCACCAAGUGGGUGGAAGCAACAUCUUAUGCAUCAGUAACAAAGAAAGUAGUCACAGAUUUUGUGCGCAACAACGCCAUAUGCCGAUUUGGCAUCCCAGAAUUAAUCAUAACAGACAAUGGGGCUAACUUGAAUAGCCAUUUGAUGAAAGAAAUGUGUGCACAGUUUCGAAUCACUCGCCGGAAUUCAACAGCAUACCGGCCACAAAUGAACGGGGCUAUGGAAGCCGCCAACAAAAACGUCAAGAAGAUCCUUAGAAAGAUGAUUGAUAACUACAAAGACUGGCAUGAACAACUGCCAUAUGCAUUACUAGGGUAUCGUACUACUACCAGAACUCAUUUGGGGCUACUCCAUACUGUUGGUGUAUGGCGAACGGUAAUACCACUUGAAGUAGAAAUCCCUUCACUUCGAAUCAUACAAGAAGCUGAGUUGGAAUGUUACACCUCGUAG